AUGGCAGGCGGAGGCGUUGUACGCGGACCACACACUGGCUCUGGCACUGAAGCCGCACUUGCGGAUCUUGACUCGAAUCAGCGUGCAUCGCUGCUCUCCAGCCUUGAUUUUGCGCAGCUGGCGCAACUUCAGCUUCCUCCCGCAUCGGGUAUUGAGGACUAUGCGAUCUUUGACCGCGACGACUGCCGGGCAGUUCACGGCUCGCUGCCCACAUUUACCAAGUCGUUCCCUUCGGAAUCGAUCCGAUCGAUCUUGGACAUCUUCAUCCAGGCCUCUGCACCCAGUGUGAGCGAGGAGGAGCUCAAGGCUAGCACGCGCAGCAUCGAGAUCGACGGCAAGGAGUACACCAUCAGCGGCCCCAGGGGCGGUCAGUACCCACAGGAGAUCAUCACACUCCACGAAAAGAAGGACGACGGAGAGGUGCUGUUCGUUGCACCCACCGCAACGCUGGUGCUCGUGUUCAAGGCUGCUCCGGGAGCAGAUGUGCAGUACAUGAGCAACGAAAAGCAGGGCGUCUGGACCGCGGUUCGUUCGUUCGCUUUCGCCCUCACCGAAAAGGGACUGUAA